UAAUAUAUACAAACGCGCAAAGUUUAAUGGCACAUAAGGACGACAUACAGCAUCAGAUUAUGAAGAAAUUAAAUUCGGCAGUUAUUGCAUUGUCGGAGUCGAGACUGAUUGCGGAAAUUGAAGACAGUGAAAUAAGUGUACCGGGAUACAGUGUGGUUAGAUGCGACGCGGAAAAUAGAAAUACAGGGGGAGUUGCUCUGUAUGUAAGAGACGAUAUCAAGUAUGAAAUAGUAGUAUUGAAAAAAUUAGAAAGGAUUGUGUGGUGCGUUGCAAUAAAAGUAAAAGAGAAAUUGUUUAAAGGAGUGUUGAUGGUAAUAUAUCACUCACCGAGUGCGUCACAUGGAGAGUUUAUAGGAUUCUUAGAGAAGAUAAUAGAAGAAUUAACGAUAAAAGAAAAAUGUAUAAUAUUAGGAGACUUUAAUAUAGAUUGUAUGACAGACUCUUAUUAUACAAAUAAACUACUAACGACUAUGCAAAGUCUAGGUAUGAAGCAAUAUGUGGAUAAACCAACGAGAGUUACCGAAAAUAGUAAAACAAUUAUAGAUCUAGUUUUUGCGAAUAAAGAUAUAAAUGUAGAAGUCAAGUACAAACCUAAGAUAACGGAUCAUGAGUGGAUAAAAGUCGUGAUAAAUACGAACAAGAUUGUAAAUAAAUAUAAAGAAUUUAGUGGCAGGGAUUAUAGUAGAUAUAAUGCGGAUGAGUUUAUUAAGCUAGUGGAGAGUAAUUUAGAAAAAGGAUAUGAUUUAGAUAUUAAUGAGUUAGAUAUUAAUGUAAGGGCAAAGAAUUUAAUUAAUAGUAUUGUACAUGCGCUAGGCAUCUCAGCACCUAAAAAAAUUUUUAGAAUAUUGAAAAUAUGGGAAAAAAAAUGGUAUUCAAAGGAAAUAGAAGAGCUAGCGACUAGAAGAGAUGAGGCUUAUAGAAAAGCACUGUACGAUAGCACGAAACAAAACUGACAACAAUUUAAAAUAGAAAGAAAUGCAGUAGUUAAUUUAAUUAGAACAAAGAAAAAAGAAUAUUAUGAAAACGUGAUUGAUUAUAAUAGUAACAAUCCCACAACUAUGUGGAAAUCAUUAAAAGAAAUUAUUAGAGGAGAACCAAUAGGCGCGAAAGUUGUAGGAAAAAUAGAUUUUGAAAUAUUAGACAAUAAUAUAGAGUGUGAUAUAGCUGAUACAUUUAACUUAUAUUAUAU